AUGUCACAGGGAACCAAAUUCGACAACAAGGCCCGCAAAGACAUCAAUGGCCUAACCCUCGACCCGACAGAGCUCCCCGCCCACCUUCUACGAGCCGCAUACCUCGUUGGCAAGAUACCAUUCCGAGCCUGCCUGAGCGACCAAAGAGUCUCCUACACACUCUACAUCCCAGAGCAAUACUGCAAAAUCCACAAAACGCUCCAAAAGAAAACCCUCGACGACAUCCCACCCCGUCUGCCCCUCGUCGUCAACAUCCACAGCACGCGCCGCGACGCCGUCACCUGCCGCGACUCCCUCAUCGCCUUCGCGGACAGCCACGGCGUGGCGAUCCUCGCGCCCCUCUUCCCGGCGGCUCUAGAUGGCGUCUUCGACCUGGACAGCUACAAGAACCUCCGCACGAAGAAACUCCAAGCCGACCUCGUGCUCAUCGACAUCCUCAACGAAAUCUCGCACAUCUGGCCGGGGAUUUGCAGCGAUCCGGUCGUGUUGAUGGGGUUCUCUGGCGGGGCGCAGUUUGUGCAUCGGUUCAUGUACCUCUAUCCUGAGCGGAUCGCUGCGGUGGCGAUUGCGGCGCCGGGGAGUGUGACGAGGCUGGAUCCGGAGCCUUGGCCGAGGGGCACGGGGAAUAUUGGGGAGGUGUUUGCGGAGCAGGAGAUUUAUCUUGAUGUUAUUCAGAGGAUUCGGGACGUUUGUCUGUUUGUUGGGGAGAGGGAUGAUGAGGAGGCGAGGGGGCCGGAGGGGGAGUUGAGGGAGUGGCUGUCGAAGAGGGUUGGGGAUUCGAUUGGAGCGUUUGGGGGUGCGUUGAAGGAUAAGAAGCAGGCGAGACCGCAGGGACGAUUGGAAGCACUGCAGGACUUGCAGGAUAAUUGGUACCAAAAGGGGAUUGAUUGCGAGCUGGAAAUUGUCCCGGAUGCUGGGCAUAACUAUACGGCACUUGUUCCGGCUAUGAUCGAAUGGCUUGAGGAGUGUCAGGCUAUCAGACAUCCAAGUCCAUAG